AUGGCCAAGACUGUAGUAAUCCUCGGAGCAGGCUGGGCAGGUCUACCACUCGCACACAAGCUUCUCAAAUACACUCUCCCAAAGACACCAAACCUCAAAGUCAUCCUCGUCUCACCAAACACUCACUUUUUCUGGAACGUCGCCGCUAGUCGUGGCAUCAUCCCCAACGCUAUUCCUGACCAACAACUCUUCCUACCCAUCAAACCUGCCUUUGACCAGUACCCCCAAGCCAACUUUGAGUUUGUUCUCGGCAAAGCGGAUAGUAUUGAUGCAAAGCUGAGCAGUAUCAAUGUGGCCUGCAAUGAUGGACAUACAAGAGAGAUCAAGUACGACGAGCUCGUUGUCGCGACUGGCUCUGGUAUGGCUAGUGGUCUUCCACUCAAGCCUAUCGGGACCCACGAGGAGACCAUGUCAGCUUGGACGCAACUCAAGAGUCAAGUCGGACAUGCAAAGUCAAUUGUUGUCGCUGGGGCUGGUGCGACAGGAACUGAGGUUGCUGGAGAACUAGCAGCCAGAUAUGGCUCGUCAAAGGAGAUUACCCUCAUCAUCAGUGGUGAACAACCUCUAGAAGGGGCCCUCGAGUCUGUAAGAACCUCUGUUACAAGAGAUCUUACGACUCUUGAGGUGAGGCUUAUUCAUAAAGCACGUGUCAACGAAGCGAAGAAGAGCUCGGAUGGUCAAGAGACUGAACUACUCUUGUCAAACGGGGCUAUACUCAAGUGCAACCUCUACUUGGCACUCCACGGCAUCAAACUCAACACUUCCUUUGUACCACCCAAUUUCCUAGACGAUAAAGGUAACAUCAGAAUCGACAGGAAUAUGCGUGUCGUCGGGUCAAAGAACAUUUGGGCCAUCGGCGACGUGGGCGAUAUUGAUCCCAAGCAAUUGACCGUCACGGACAACCAGAUCAUCCACUUGGCAGCAGCUCUAGACGCAGUUCUUACAGGAGAAAAGAGUUUCAAACCCUAUGAGCCCAUGACGAAGACGAUGAUCUUUGUGUCGCUCGGGAAGAAGUAUGCGACCGGGCAGAUUGGAAACUGGAAGUUGUUCUCGUUUAUGGUGUCGUGGGUCAAAGGGAGGAAGUUGUUUGUCGACACAGCGGAGGGAUAUGUUGGCGGAAAGCAUCUCAGGCACGCAUCUAUGUAG